UUUUUUGCAUGUGAGACGGAGGACAGAUACGCUUCAGUCGGCACCCUGCGAGCGAACAUCCCGGGAUCGAGACGAAGCGCGCUCUCAAUUUUGGGUAAACUCCUCUUUCCGUAAAGACGUUAUAACCUUUAAAUACAUAUACGGUCAAAGCUACGCGGAAGAUCGUUUUAUAUUUUUGCGAAGGUUAAUGGAAUAAAUAAUGCUGAUAACGCGACAGGUGAAGAUUGAUACGAACUGAACGUAUUUGAUUUGGAUGACCGUGGAUGAAGGCGCACGCAAUCUCCCAAGUGACAAAGUGAACCAAGUUUGGACCGUAGGAAUUUUAAGUAUGGGCUCCGUGCGUAAAAUGACUUAAAUGCCGUUGUGGGGUGUUAAAACAGCUUAAAACAACUGAAAGAUAGUUCAAGAAGAAUACAGUUUGAUACCAGAAGUGGCAAAGGAUGACCGUGAAGCUGGACUUCGAGGAGUGCUUGAAAGACUCGCCUCGCUUCAGAGCUGAGAUUGAGGUGGUCCAGAAUGACGUGAGUGAACUGGAAACUCGGUUAGACAAGUUGGUAAAGCAGUGCCAUGCCAUGCUGGAGGCAGGAAAGGUCUACUGUCAGACCAGCAAAAGUUUCAUCAACGGACUUCGUGAGCUUGGAAGCCACUGCUCCAGGGACAGUCAGAUGGAGGAAUGUCUGGACACAUUUUCCAGGAGGCUCUCUGACAUUGUAGAUGCCUAUGGGGAAGUGAUCGAUACCACACAGAAGUCAGUCAAAUCUAAGCUCCACACGUUUGUAAAAGAAGAUGUCCGUCAUUUCAAAGAUGUGCGUAAAGAGUUUGAGCGCAGCAGUGAAUGCCUGGAGGGGGCGCUAGCGAAGAACGCGCAGGCCCCCCGAGGAAAACCGCACGAGGUGGAAGAGGCGAGCAAUGCUUUACUGAAUGCUCGCCGGAUGUUUCGCUCAGAGGCGCUAGACUAUGUCCUGGAGAUAAAUGUCAUUGAGGCCAAGAGGAAGACCGAAAUCCUGAUGGCAAUAUUAUCUUUAAUAGAUGCGCAGGCCCAGUUCUUCCAGUAUGGACACCAGUCUCUGUCUGAGUUGGAUGACUAUCGGCAGAAACUCAGUGAUGAGUACACACAAUUUGUCCUCAAUUCUGCCCGAGAAAAGAGGGACAUGGAACAAAGGCAUGCGGAAAUCAAGAAAAAGGAUGUGUCCUAUGAUGACUCAAUAAUGGACUUCAAUGCAGAUGCAGCCAAUGGGAUUGCAAUGGAGGGCUACCUUUAUAAGAGAGCCAGUAACGCCUUUAAGACCUGGAGCAGACGCUGGUUUUCUAUUCAAAAGAAUCAGCUGGUGUAUCAGAAGAAAUUCAAGGAGCAGCCUACAGUUGUGGUUGAAGACUUGAGACUUUGCACAGUCAAACACAGCGCUGAAAAUGAGAGGCGAUUCUGCUUUGAAGUGGUUUCUCCGUCAAAGAGUUGUUUGUUACAGGCAGACUCAGAGCGACAGCAGCAGGCCUGGAUAAGCGCGGUCCAAAACAGCAUCGCUUCAGCCUUCCAGGAGAGACGAGAGGACGCGCACAGUCCAGGUAAAUCCAGAAUCAUCACCAUCAUUCGUAAUUUGAGUGUCUGUUUUAUCCUCAGGCUGGUUUGUCUUUUCUUGAAACGUGGUGCAGAUUACAAUGCAAAAGACAAGAACGAGAAAGACCCCAUAACCAUUGCAGUGGACAAUGCUAACGCUGACAUUGUCACUUUGCUGCGGAUCGCCAAAAUGAACAAGGAGAUGCGUGAAAUGGAUGAAGCAUUCGGACACACAGGUGAUGAUACAUACCAGGACAUCUUCAGGGACUUCUCACACAUGGCUUCAAAUAACCCCGAGAAGCUGAAGAGACGCAGCGCAGACCCCAGAUUCUAGCGCACAUUCCGAGGCUGAGACACGGCGGCUCACUCACGGCUCACGGCGGCUCACUCACGGCUCAACUGGACCUGUGGGGCAGUGGACAGUGGAUUCUUUGUGUGGACGGAACAGGGCAGAACUAUUGUUUCCAAGUGGAAAGACUGCAUCAACAGCACGUGUUUGUGUGUCAAGGGCAACGAUGUGACAUAUCCGCUUUAAAAAUGUACAAUUAUUUUUACACUCUGUAAAAGUUUUAUACAUAUAUUUGAUGCAUUUAAAAAUUUCUGUUUUUUUUUUUUUUUUUUAAUAAAAACUGCAAAGAGGA